GAAAUGAUUAAAAACAAAAAGAAAUUUAAUGGAAUCAAAUUCAUCGAAGUCACCCAUAAAAUAUUACAAGUAAAAAAUAAUAUAAUUUUUAUCAGGAAAAUGAGUAUAAGGAUAUUAUUACAUGGGAUGAUAAAGGAAACAACAUCACCAUUAUUGAUAAAUUCCUCUUAUAAUAAAUUGUUUUGCCCAAAUUCUUUAAGCAUGCUAAAUACUCAAGUUUUUUAAGGUUAUAUAAUAUAUGACUGAUUAGAUAGUUAAAUUUAUAUGGAUUUACAAGCAGCAAAGAUUAAAAUGGUUUCUUAUAUUAUCAUCAUAAAAAUUUUACUAGAGACAAAUGUGAUAAAGAUAAUAUUCAAAAAAAAUUAUAGAUUAAAGAUAUUCAAAAGUCUUUAGGAAUAUUUUAAUCUGUAUAAACUGAACUUUAAAGUUAAUUGUUAACCUUAUAAUUGGAAUAAAAUAGGAUCAAAUAGAGCCUUUUGAAUUCAAUUGAUUAGUAAUUAUUAAUUAGAUGCAGCAUCAAAGAGUUCUUAGAAGUAAUACUUCAUUUAUAAUUGAAUAGACUAUCCGUUUCAUUAGAAUAGAAGGAGAAAAUUAUUUUGAUUAACUUAUUAAAGGUAUUCAAACAAUUUUCUUAGGCUUGAAUCCAACAGCACGUAUUUAAUGUAUAUUUAUUAUAGACCACCAUUUUCAACAUCUCAUAACGAUUGUAUUUAAACAAUUUAAUAUCGAAGAUGUACAAUCUAAUCAAUAUCUAUCCGAAAUAGAAGAAUAGAGUAACUCUUAUAUGAUCUCCCCCUACCCUUUUGGAUUGCUUGAAUUAAGAGCAAAUCUGAGUUCUCAUAAUGAAAUAAAUUUCAAUAAUUAAGAAUUGACAUUGGAUUCGUGAUAUUUAUAUUUAAUAUAUACUAUUGUAUCUAAAUAGAG